GAAUUUGAUAAGGCUGCUACCCGGCAAGUUCAGCAAAUAUUCAGACACAUUGAUGAGCUCCUUUAUGAACAAAAACCAUGUUUAUAUGUUAGCCUAGAGGAGGAAUGUGAACAAUGGAUGUCAAGGUUUCCUCACCUCAGGAUUGUGGGGAAGCAAAUAAUGGCGCCCAGUGAUGAAGGCUAUGGAUGGUAUAUUAGUUCAGCGUGCAACACUUCAACUUCAUCAGGCAUGAGUCCCAUGCAAGAGAAAGAUCCUAGUGAGUUUACUAUCUGGGGCAAAAAGGUUCCCCUUUCUAUUUCUCUUGGCAAAGAGGACAACUUUUCAAAAAUCUCCGAGCUGAAGAUGUUUGAGAGUGAAGAACUGGAAGAUAUCGUGAUUGUCUCUGAAGGGAUAAUGGAGGAAUACUUAGCAUUUGACCGCAGAGAUGUGGACGAAGAAUUGCACGAAUGGAAAAUGGGACUUUCACCAGCCAGACGGAAAUUAGGGUUCCCUCCAAUCUCACCGUCGUGCUGCAUGAGAGAUGCGGUUCUUUCCUUUGUGUUUGAUGAUGUGUGGAGCGAAGUCUUGGGCUACAUGGAGCAGUUGAUCUGCAGACAUUGGGAAGGUUCAUCCUCAG